AUGAGGACGCCGUCGUCAGGAGGGAGCAGCUUCCAGAGGUCGCCGAGCGACCGGAUGUUCAUGGAUUUCCUCGCCAUGGACCACCACGGUUCCGAUGACAGCAGCAGGAGUCUCGGGGCGGCAAUGCCGCCGGAAUUCCUCCGGGGCGACCUCGUGGAGGUGAUGUUGGAGCUCGACGCGGAGUCGGCCUUCGUGCGAAGCGUCACACCCGCCUCCGUCGCCCUCCUCUCUGCCGCCGGCGAGGGGACGUCGGGGAAUCUCAGCCAGUGCUCGUCGACGGAGUCGAAGAUCCGCCGCAAGUUCCCCUGGCUGCGCUCACCCUCCCCGCGGAGGUCGAGGAGCUCGUCGCCGUGGUUGCGAGACCUGCAGGACCCGGCGGUGAUCGCCGCCCGUGACGCGAGGAGGAACCAGGCGCGGCUGGACAGGACGAGGUCGGGGGCGCAGCAGGCGCUCAAGGGCCUGCGCUUCAUCCGAAGCCAGACCGCCACCACCGGCGGCGCAGGGGACGCCGACGCCCUCUGGCGCGCGGUGGAGGAGCGUUUCCACGCCCUCUCCAAGGACGGCCUCCUCUCCCGCGACGACUUCGGAGAAUGUAUAGGUACUCUCCUCUUCUUCUUCUUCUUCUUCUUCUUCUUCUUCUUCUUCUUCUGAAGGUGGGGGAAUGUGAGCAGGGAUGGUGGAUUCGGAGGAGUUCGCCAAGGGGAUCUUCGACGCGCUGGCGCGGCGGCGGCGGCAGAACCUGGAACGGAUCACCAAGGAAGAGCUCCGGGACUUCUGGCUGCAGAUCUCCGACCAGAGCUUCGACGCCCGCCUGCAGAUCUUCUUCGACAUGUAUGCGUGAGAUCGGAGCCUCCAUUUUUCUCCAGCUAAUUUCUCCGAUUAUAAUAAGCCGAUGUUAUUAAUGGCCUAGGGUGGACACCAACGUGGACGGGAGGAUCACGAGGGAGGAGGUGCAAGAGGUCCGCUUCUCUCCUUCCUCCUCCAUUCUUCUUCUUCUUCUUCUCCUCCUCCUUCCUUGAUGGGAACUGUUUUCUGGUAAAAGUUGAUCAUACUCAGCGCGUCGGCCAACAAGCUGUCGAAGCUCAAGGAGCAGGCGGAGGAGUACGCCGCCCUCAUCAUGGAGGAGCUCGACCCUGAGGACCUCGGCUACAUCGAGGUUCUGACCAUUCCACCCUCCACUUUAGCGUCUCCCCCUUCCCCACUCUCCUCCCUGUUCCUGCUCCGACCUCUCUCUCUGGUUUUGGCCAAUCCCAGUUGUGGCAGCUGGAGGCGCUGCUGCUGCAGAGGGACUACUACAUGAACUACAGCCGCCCGCUGAGCGCCGCCAGCAUGGGGUGGAGCCAGAGCCUCCACGGCGGCGCCGCCAGCAUGGGGUGGUGGCACGUGCGCCCCAUCGCGCUGGUCCGGUGGCUGGGCCAUCGGAUCCGCUGGUCGACCCAAGAACACUGGCAGCGGGCGUGGGUUCUCCUCCUCUGGUUCGCCACCAUGGCGAGCCUCUUCAGCUGGAAGUUCGUCCAGUACCGCCGCCGCCCCGAGUUCCAUGUCAUGGGCUACUGCCUCCCCUCCGCCAAGGGCGCCGCCGAGACCCUCAAGCUCAACAUGGCCCUCGUCCUCCUGCCCGUCUGCCGCAACACCCUCACCUGGCUCCGCUCCACCCGCGCCCGCCUCUUCGUCCCCUUCGACGACAACAUCAACUUCCAUAAGGUACGUGGAGUUCGUCGGCCGCUGUUACUCCUCCUUCUCGACGGCGCCGCGGGGGACACCCUGUGGCUGACUCCGGCGGGAUGAUGUGCAGAUGAUCGCGGGGGCCAUCGUCGGGGGCAUCUUGCUGCACGCCGGGAACCAUCUAGCGUGCGACUUCCCGAGGGUGAUCAACGCGACGCCGGUGCAGUUCGGACAAGUCCUGGUAGCAGACUUCGGGGAGAAGAAACCGACGUACGGGAGCUUCGUCGGCAGUGUGGAGGGGGUGACGGGGAUACUGAUGGUCAUCCUCAUGGCGCUGUCCUUCACCCUCGCCACCAGCUGGUUCCGGAAGAGCGCCCUGCGGCUGCCGGCACCCCUCAACAGGUUGACCGGCUUCAACGCCUUCUGGUACUCCCACCACCUGCUCGCCGUCGUCUACCUCCUGCUCGUCGUCCACGGCUUCUUCAUGCACCUCGUUCACCACUGGUACCAGAAGACGGUGAGCCUGUCCAUCUCCCUACCGCCACUGCCGCCAACACCCCACCACCUCCACCACCGUCUCUGGACCCGCCCUGCUUCCCACGCCACCCCUCCUCCGGCCCGUCGAAUCGGAGGCCGAGGCACAUGGCGAUGCCGCAGUUCGAAUCGACUGCGCCAUUAAUGGAGGAAAACGAUGCCCAAAAUCGCAAUCAGUGUGCUGUGCCAUUCUAACACUGGCAGGUGAGACUUUCCGAGCCCGCGUUCUUACCUCGCUGCUGGUUUUCUUGCUCUAUGCCUCAGACGUGGAUGUACAUUACCGUGCCUCUGCUGCUCUACCUGGGUGAACGCUCCCUGCGGACCCUGCGCUCCGAGGCCUCCACCGUCAAGAUCCUCAAGGUACCGUAACCCCUCCACCGCCAUUAAUGGCCGCCCCUCGCCCGAGUAAUCAGUGGCUUCCCCCCUUCCUCUUCCUGCAGGUCUCUGUUCUGCCAGGGAAUGUCCUGACGGUGGUGAUGUCCAAGCCCCUCGGCUUCCGGUACAAGAGCGGGCAGUACAUCUUCCUCAAGUGCCCGGCCAUCUCCCCCUUCGAAUGGUAGGUAACUCUCACCGGCGGGCCGGCCGGCCAACUCGGCGGCACCGCCACCUUAUUCGCUCACUCUCGGAGCUCCCCUCCCGCAGGCACCCUUUCUCCAUCACGUCCGCCCCCGGCGACGGCCACCUCAGCGUCCACAUCCGGACGCUCGGCGACUGGACGCAGGAGCUCCGGCAGGUCUUCACCGAGGCCAACAGCGCCGCCGUGAUCGGCAGGGGGACCUUCAGCGAAGUGGGCACCGUGCCGCAGAAGAGGUGAGCUCCCCGCCCCUCAGACAUCGUCUCUGCUCCUCUUCUCUUCUCCUCCUGAGACGGCGGCGGCGGCGAUCGUCUUCUUCCUCAGAGUGCCGAGGUUGCUGGUGGACGGCCCCUACGGGGCCCCCGCGCAGAACUACAAGAACUACGACGUCCUCCUCCUGGUGGGGCUGGGAAUUGGGGCGACCCCUUUCAUCAGCAUCCUCCGGGACCUGCUCAACAACAUCAGGGCCACGGAGGAGCAACUGGUACAUCCCCCCGCCACCGGGAAGAAUUUACAGAGAGCGUUCGUCUCCAUGGAACACGGCGUCUGAUCGAUCUUCGCUGUGGCUCGUCGGGCAGGACUCGUCGUCUUACACCGACACUAGCCGUUCGGACGAUGGCGUGAACAGCAUCGGCUACACUUGGAGCGGCGGCAGCGGCGGCGGGAGCAAGAAGAGAGCUCAGAAGACGACCAGUGCACACUUCUACUGGGUCACGCGGGAGCCGGGAUCCUUCGAGUGGUUCAAGGGGGUCAUGAACGAAGUCGCGGAGAUGGAUCAAAAGGUCAACGCGUUACUCAUUCAACUCUCUCUCUCUCUCUCUCUAUCUCUCUAUCUCUCUAUCUCUCUAUCUCUCUAUCUCUCUUUCUCUAUAUAUAUAUAUUUAACAACUCUGCCAUCCCUGUCUGUCGUCGGAGAAACAGGGGGUGAUCGAAAUGCACAACUACCUGACGAGCGUCUACGAAGAGGGAGACGCGAGGUCAACCCUCCUCACCAUGGUGCAGGCGCUCAACCACGCCAAGCACGGCGUUGACAUCGUAUCAGGCACGCGGGUAAGCCAGACUCGAGCUCAAAAGACCGGCCAUCUCUCUCCCCUCCCCAACCUCAGCAAAACCCCAGCAGGCUUCUUCUGACCCACCUGGAUGCGGCCGCUCCCCCGCAGGUGAGGACCCACUUCGCCCGCCCCAACUGGAGCGACGUCUUCGCCAGAAUAGCCUCCAAGCACGCCGGCGCCACCGUCGGUAAGCCACCGAACUCCGCCCGGUCCCAUUUCUAGAAAGAGAAACACCGUCUGAUCCGCCGCCGGCGCUCGUCUCCCGCAGGCGUCUUCUACUGCGGCACGCCGGCGCUGGCCAAGGAACUCAAGAGCCUGUCCCACGAGCUCACCCACCGGACCUCCACCCGCUUCGACUUCCAUAAGGAGUACUUCUGA